UGGAUCUUCUCCGACCUUUCAGAAAUCUCCUGAUAAUUUGCUCUCCGUUUCUGCCUUCGAAAACUUCUUCACAGGCCAUACUGUUCCAGCUCAUUGACACAGUUUCGUCAUACAGUAUUUGACCGACAAAAGACAAAGAAUGCAGACUACCAGAUUUUACGGGAGUGCCAAAACCCACCCAUCAGUGGCACCGAAACUUGCUGCAGUAGUCCCACAAAAGAAGAAGAAAACUGCCAAGGCGGCUCAGAAAGAAAAUGUGGUGAAACCACGAAAAAAUGCCAAGGCAAAGAAUAAUACGUUUGAGCUGAUAUGUGGUGUGGCAUAUGAUGUAAUUGUUCCAUCUCCUGCAGAUCACAGUGUUCAGCCAAUGAAUCUGGAAAUACCGGUGCUAGAGGACGUGACAAACACGCUGCAUCAGGAAGCUUCUUUUUUGGACCAUGUAGCCACCCCUGGACAAGAAGACAUGACACAUUCACCACGAAGAAGGUUGCAUUUCACAGAUGUGAACACCAAAGUGCAGGACUGCCAGUGUACCUGUCCUGUUUUACUAAAGGAGCUACUCAGUAAGGUGACCAAUAUGGAGUCAGAAGUUGGUGGACAGGUCAAUCAGCUGCAGACCGAUGUGGCUGGCCUUAAAGAAGGCAUAAAGGAACAGAUGGUAGAAGCCAUGAAGAAAGUCAUUGAACAAACGAGGGAAGAAUGGCAAGUUGGAGUUUGCCGCACCAUCAUUGCAACACACCACCAAGCGGUUCAAGUCAGCGGCCUGGACGACCGAGGCCUGGAGGACCGCAGAGGAGGCCUGGAGGACCGCAGAGGAGGCCUGGAGGACCGCAGCGGACUGGACGAAGUCAGCGGCAUGGACGACCACAGAGGAGGCCUGGAGGACCGCAGAGGAGGCCUGGAGGACCGCAGAGGAGGCCUGGACGACCGCAGAGGAGGCCUGGACGACCGUAGAGGAGGCCUGGGGGACCGCAGCAGCGGACUGGACGAAGUCAGCGACUUGGACGACCGCAGAGGAGGCCUGGAGGACCGCAGAGGAGGCCUGGAGGACCGCAGAGGAGGCCUGGACGACCGCAGAGGAGGCCUGGAGGACCGCAGAGGAGGCCUGGAGGACCGCAGAGGAGGCCUGGACGACCGCAGAGGAGGCCUGGACGACCGUAGAGGAGGCCUGGGGGACCGCAGCAGCGGACUGGACGAAGUCAGCGACUUGGACGACCGCAGAGGAGGCCUGGAGGACCGCAGAAGAGACCUGGAGGACCGCAGAGGCCUGGACCACAGCAGCGGACUGGACGAAGUCAGCGACUUGGGCGAACGCAGAGGAGGCCUGGAGGACCGCAGAGGAGGCCUGGAGGACCGCAGAGGAGGCCUGGAGGACCGCAGAGGAGGCCUGGAGGACCGCAGAGGAGGCCUGGAGGACCGCAGAGGAGGCCUGGACCACAGCAGCGGACUGGACGAAGUCAGCGACUUGGACGACCGCAGAGGAGGCCUGGAGGACCGCAGAGGAGGCCUGGAGGACCGCAGAGGAGGCCUGGAGGACCGCAGAGGAGGCCUGGAGGACCGCAGAGGAGGCCUGGAGGACCGCAGAGGAGGCCUGGACCACAGCAGCGGACUGGACGAAGUCAGCGACUUGGACGACCGCAGAGGAGGCCUGGAGGACCGCAGAAGAGACCUGGAGGACCGCAGAGGCCUGGACCACAGCAGCGGACUGGACGAAGUCAGCGACUUGGGCGAACGCAGAGGAGGCCUGGAGGACCGCAGAGGAGGCCUGGAGGACCGCAGAGGAGGCCUGGACGACCGCAGAGGAGGCCUGGAGGACCGCAGAGGAGGCCUGGAGGACCGCAGAGGAGGCCUGGAGGACCGCAGAGGAGGCCUGGAGGACCGCAGAGGAGGACCGCAGAGGAGGCCUGGAGGACCGCAGAGGAGGCCUGGAGGACCGCAGAGGAGGCCUGGACCACAGCAGCGGACUGGACGAAGUCAGCGACUUGGACGACCGCAGUGGAGGCCUGGAGGACCGCAGAAGAGACCUGGAGGACCGCAGAAGAGACCUGGAGGACCGCAGAGGAGGCCUGGAGGACCGCAGAGGAGGCCUGGAGGACCGCAGAGGAGGCCUGGAGGACCGCAGAGGAGGCCUGGAGGACCGCAGAGGAGGCCUGGAGGACCGCAGAGGAGGCCUGGACGACCGCAGAGGGCUGGACGACCGCAGAGGCCUGGAUUCAAGUGUGCUGUUGCCAGGAACACCAAUGAUGACCAGCACACCUGCUCACAGGCCACUUCGCAAUACAUUCGGAGGCUCUCUGAACAAUAUUGCCCUGGCUGUCAUCUCAACUUCCCUGGACGACCAUCUGUACAGAGCUUCAAAUGGACAUAUUCAGAAAUAUGCAUAUUCUCUGUUCCAGCACCAUGUACGGUACGACAAAUACUUGACGUGGGCCAAUCGUGUGAACUUUGAUGGUUCCAAGGGCAAACUUCCGCUGCCCAAAAAUCUGGUACAUGACAUCAUGGCUAGGUGUGAACGCCGCGUGAGGAUUGGUG